AACAUAAAAGCGUUAGAAAAGAAAAAGAAAGCGUCAAGAUCACUUUUUUCCCCUUUUCAACUACUGCAGAGUGCAGAAUUCAACUACUGCUCGUCGUCUUUUUAAUAUGUUCAUACCAAUUAAUUGGUUAUUAAGAAAAAAACUUCAGCACACAGUCUACAAUGGGAUCGCACGAAACUUACAUUUGAUCCUCUGAUUAAGCAAUGUCCCAACCUGCCGAGGUAUCCUACAGCUGUGGUUCUUGCGGAUAUGCUCUAAAUUUGACGUCAUCGAAUCGUGCAACUUCAAGCAUCGGAUCCAAGUACAGCAAAUCCAUCAACAAGGGCUCUAUCUCCUUUCUCUCUAUUGACCCGAGCCGAUUUACUCAAGUUGACGAAGUCAACUGCCUCCCUAUAACUUGGGGUCGAUAUCGUUCGAAAUCCAAACUCCUCUGCCGCAGCUGUGGGGUUCUCAUUGGUUACGGUUAUGGAGACUCGACCGCUCUCUGUGGCCUCGAAUCGCCAACCUCGUCCGCCUCAUCUUACAAGAAAAUCACCGUGAAAAUUCGAGCUCUCCAACCUUCCGGAAGCAUCUAACGUAUAAUGGACGACCCGCCUACGUCUGUACUCCAACUUCCAGAUGAUUGCUUACACAUUAUUUUUCAAAGGCUCGACUCUAGUUCGGACCGUGACUCGUUCGGAUUGGCUUGCCAUCGGUGGCUUCGUAUUCAAAACUCGAGCCGUAGAUCAUUACAGUUGCUCGUCGGGCCUUCAAUGAACAUCGAUUCAUGCCAUCUGCACAGAUUGCUCGACCGUUUUUCGCAGCUGCAGUCAUUGUCUCUAGCUGGAUGCACCGAGCUUUUAGAUUCCGGUUUGUCCGCACUGCUCGAUAAUGGAUCGAAGCUGCAAAUAUUGCAUCUUGAUUGUUGUUAUGGUAUUACGGAUCACGGGCUCUCUUUCGUUGCUAGUGGUUGCCCUAAUCUGGCCAUAAUUAGUCUCCACCGAUGCAAUAUUACCGAUGUCGGGUUAGAAACCUUAUCUAAGUCUUGCCUAGUCCUAAAAGAUGUUAAUCUCUCGUAUUGCUCGCUUAUAUCCGAUCAUGGUGUGGGGGCUAUUUCGAAAAACUGUCGUCAGCUUCGAGCGGUCGACAUAUCUCACUGCAGAAGUGUAAACGGCGUUGGCUUUAAAGGGUGCUCGCAGACACUGACGUAUCUAGAAGCCGCGUCUUGUGAUUUCGAGCCAGAAGGAAUGAUGGCCAUUUUUAGUGGGGGUGGACUCGAGUACUUGAACAUCUCUAGCAUUAAUUGGUGGAUCAACGGACACGGUUUGUCAUUAAUUAGUGCUCGAUUUAUUUCGAAACUGAGAGUACUCAAUUUUCGGCUGUACAGAACUAUUGGCGAUGAUGCGAUUCUGACGAUUUCGAAGGGGUGCCCUUUGCUGCAAGAAUGGAGCUUAGCUUUGUGCCAUGGGAUCGGUAUUGCAGGGUGGGAGUCUAUCGGUUCGAACUGUUUUAACUUGGAAAGGCUUAAUGUGAACGGGUGCAGGUAUCUCUGUGAUGAGGGCUUGCGCGCUUUAAGAGACGGAUGCAAACGGCUCAGGUAUCUGUAUUUGGGUCGGUGCAGACGAAUAAGCUCGACGGCUAUCGAGAUGUUUAAAUGUUUGAGGAGUGAUGUCGAAAUCGGAGACGAAGAAGCGAUGUGCAUUGCGCCUGAUUGGGCCUUCCGGUUAUAGGAGGUAGGGAAUAAACUUGAGUUGAAGGAAAUGUUAACCAUUGAGUGUCAAUUUCUUUUAGUAAAUGUAACUAUAUAAAAGAUGUAUAUUUAUGAUAAUACAUUGCUUCCUAGUGAAACAGUAAAUUUAUGUACUCAACAUAGUAAAGAACAUAUAAUAUUGACCAAAA